CAGAGGAGCAGCAGGAGGAAGAGAGUGAGGAAGAGGAGGAGUCCUGCUGCUGAAUGAACGGCUUGUUGGAGUGAAGAACAGUUUCUGCUCAGAGGACUGAAGUUCUCCUCCUGCUGCUGCAUCAGCAUGAUGAGUGAUGUCCGACUGUCUGCAGCUCCUCCUUCUCUCUGUGAGGUCACCGCUUCACCAACAGGAUGUGGUUUCCAUAGCAACGAACCUCCAGCUUUCGUCCUGCCGCCCCGAAACGUCAGGGUCAGUCUGGGGGGAGACGCCCGACUGGAGGGGAAGGUGAGAGGUCAACCUGAGCCGCAGGUCACAUGGUACAGAGACGGGAAGCCUGUGAUUGGUGGAGGCCGCUGCUCAGUGGAGCGAGGUGGGCGUGGCACUUUCAGCCUCCUGGUGGGCGGAGUCACAGAGAAGGAUCUGGGCUGUUACACCUGUCAGGCGACCAAUGAGGCGGGGAGCCGGCAGGUUACCGUGGAGAUCCUGCUGGAAGAAAACUACGGGAAGCAAUACAUCCUGCCAUCCUGGAAGAGAUCAGGGUCCCGCUCCUCGAUCCCAGCGAUGGAGAACCGGACCAGCAUCUGGAGCGAGAGUCCACCGAAGUUCAUCUCCAAACCCAGCAGAGUGGUGGUCAGGCUGGGACAGAGCGGGAAGUUCUCCACCAAAACCACGGGACGACCUCAGCCGCAGGUCACAUGGUACAAGGGGGAGGAAGAGCUCCAGUCUUCUGGUCGGAUCAGCGUGUUUGAACUUUCUGGUCGUCACUUCCUGGAGAUAAAGGAAGUCCAGGUGGAGGAUGCAGGAAGUUACACGUGUUCAGUCACCAACAGCGCCGGAGCGGCCACCGCCAGCGCUGAGCUUGUAGUUCAGGAUCUUCCUGAAACCUCGUCCAGCGUUCAUCCAUCUGAGGAACCACCAGCCAGGAAACCAGUAGAGGACAGCAUUUCUCCCACUGCAGACCAGCAACAGGGACAAACUGCAUCCCGGAGGAGCAAACCUCCGGUAGAGCUCCCUCAUCUGGCUGCAAAGAGUACUGCUGGCGCUCAGAUUCAGUCCAGUCGAGCUGAUCCGGUUCAAACAAUCAAGGUGGCGCCAUCUGCAACCAGCUGCAGCAGAGCCUUGAGGAGAUCCGCAUCAGGUUCUGGUCUGCGGUUUGAAGCUGUUCCUCUGGACCAGGAGGCCACAGAGGGAGCCGAGGUCACAUUCACCUGCCAAGUCUCGUCUGCUGCUGACGCCAUGGUAACCUGGCUCAGAGACGGGAACCCAGUGAGGACGGGUCCAGGACAUCAGCAGAGACGAGACGGGACUCGUCUGAUUCUCACCAUGGACAGAGUGACGCAGCUGGACAACGGGACGUACGGGUGUCAGCUGACCACUCCUGAGGGACUCAGCGUUGCCUCGGCAACAUGGAGGCUGCGCAUCAAUCGUGCGUCCAGGUGUCCGGUGUUCGUCAGUGAGCUGCAGGACUGCAGCGUGUCAGAGGGUCAGCCCGUCAGCCUGCAGGUCCGUGUGGAGGGAAAACCUGAUCCCAAAAUCAGCUGGCAGCUCAAUGGUCGUCCUCUUCCUCCCAGGACUCUGUCCUCUCAUGUUGGGGGCGUGGCCAAGCUGAUGGUCCAGAAAGCAUCACGCCAUGAUGACGGCGUCUACGUGUGCUUGGCGGAGAACAUCCACGGUCGAGCAGAGAGCAGUGCCCGGGUUCAGGUCAAAGGUAUGGUGCAGUCCCAGAGGUCAGAGGUCGCAGCAGCAGGUCGGGCUCCUCGCUUCAUUCGCCGUCUAAGCGAUCUGAAAGUUAUGGAUGGCAGCAGAGUCUCCAUGACGGUGGAGCUGAGCGGUGACCCUCCUCCUCUGGUGAUGUGGCUCCAUGACGGGCAGGAGGUCUCGGAGUCGGAGGACUUCCACCUCCUCAGGGAGGAGAACCGCUACACGCUGCUGAUCCAGGAGGUUUUCCCAGAAGACACUGGGGCCUACAGCUGCCGGGCCUGGAACCAGUAUGGAGAGGACCAGACCCAGGCCCGGCUCACCGUGGAAGAACCUCAGGACGGCGUCCAGCCCUGGUUCAUCACAAAACCCAAAGCGGUGAGCGCCAUCACAGGUCAACACGUCUUGCUGUCCUGUGCCAUCGCUGGAGACCCGUUCCCCCAGUACACAUGGACCAGAGUGGACCAGAACCGAGUGCUGAGCUCUGGAGGAGACUAUGAACUGCUGCAGAAGGAGGACGUCGUCUCGCUGCUCAUCAGACGGGUCAGAAAGCAUCACGCCGGAGACUUCCUGAUCACCCUGAGGAAUAAAGUGGGAGAGUGCAGCGCUGUGGCUCAGCUGUCCGUCACUGAAGGAGAACCUGAAGGAGGAGACAGAAGGACCGCAGCAGCCAGAGGAAGACCAGGAGGAGGAGGAGGAGAAAGCAGGAGGGUCAGUCUGCAGAGGCAGGAGGCUGGUGAGGAGGAGAAGAAGAAGAAGGAGGAGAAUCCCCGAGGACUCCUCAAGCGCAGCGUGGAAACGAGGGAGCGCGGUGAAGAGGAGCUGCGACAGAGGGAGGCGCAGCAGCUGGACUUUCGCUCGCUGCUGGGACGCCGAGCUUUCCCCCCCGACGGUGACACCGACUCCCAGAAGAUGGAUUUUAAGGCCAACCUCCGGGGCGUCAAAGGCAAGGCGGAGGAGAAGGCGAACUCCCCGCAGCAGGUGGACUUCCGGAGCGUCCUGGGGAAGAAGAGCGCCGCUGGCAGCAACAGCAACAAGCCGGCCGAAACGCCUCCAAAGAACGCUGGAGACUUGCGCUCCGUCCUCGCCAACAAGAAGAAGACGACGCCAGCGGCGACCCCCGAGAAGAACGGAGAGAAGGUGAACAACUGCGUGGAUGGAGGGAUUCACGACCAGAAGAGCGAGGGAGGAAAAGGAGGUGCAGGAGGAGGGACGGCGCCGGAGUUCGUGGAGAUGCUGAAGGAUGUGACGGUGCUGGACGGUCAGCGGCUCCGGCUGGAGUGUCGCCUUGCCUCCGCCGCAGCUGCUGAUGUCACCGUCACCUGGACGCUGGACGGGAAAAUCAUCAAACCGUCUAAGUUCAUCAUCCUCGCCAACGAAGGCGGCCUCUGCUCUCUGACCAUCGACAAAGCUUUGCCGGAGGACGAAGGCCAGUACAAAUGCAGAGCUGAGAACUCGGCCGGCAGAGCGGAGUGCUCCUGUAUGGUUCUAGUCGACGAUCCACCAGAAAACUCUCCGACAGACAAGAAGUCUAAGAAGGCAGCUCCGACCUCAGAGAGUGAAGCCAGAAUAAAGAAGCCAACUCCAAAGACUCCUCCCAAACAAGCUUUGCCUCCUCAAAUCCUCCAGUUUCCAGAAGAUAUGAAAAUCCUGUCAGGAGAAAAGGUGGAGAUCCUCUGCAAAUACUCUGGAGCUCCACCCAUCAACUGCACCUGGCUGAAGUUCAGGAAACCAAUCCAGGAGGGAUCCUCGGACGUCUCCAUCGAGAGCACAGACAGCAGCAGUAAGCUGACCAUCAGCAGCGGGCAGCAGGAGCACUGCGGCUGCUACACCGUGGAGCUGAGGAACAGCUACGGCCUCCGACAGGCCGCACUCAACCUCACCAUCGUUGACAAACCCGACCCCCCAGCAAAGGUCCCUGCGACCUCUGACAUCCGGCGCUCCAGCCUGACCCUGUCGUGGUACGGGCCGACCUACGACGGCGGCAGCGCCGUGCAGACCUACCACCUGGAGAUCUGGGACUCCGUGGACCAGCAGUGGAAGCAGCUGGUGUCCUGCAACAGCACCUCCUACAACAUCCAGAACCUUCUUCCAGAACGACAGUACAAGUUUCGAAUUCGAGCUCAGAACAUUUACGGCAUCGGAGAGCCGAGCGCCGAGUCUGAAGCCGUAACUAUGGGACUAGUGGACGACGAUAACCAGGAUGAUGCUGAGGCAGAGGAGGAGGAUGAAGACUUGGAAAAAGAGCCAGAGUACCGAGACGUGACUAUCAAAACCGAUGUGAAGGUGAAGGAGCUUUACGACGUGGAGGAGCGGCUGGGAACGGGGAAGUUCGGUCAGGUCUUCAAGCUGGUGGAGAAAUCCACGAAGAAGGUUUGGGCCGGGAAGUUUAUCAAGGUGUAUUCGGCCAAAGACAAGGAGAACGUCCGACAGGAAAUCAGCAUCAUGAACUCCCUGCAUCACCCCAAACUGGUCCAGUGUGUCGACGCCUUCGAGGGCAAAUCCGACAUCGUCAUGGUGCUGGAGAUGAUCUCUGGCGGCGAACUGUUUGAGCGGAUCAUCGACGAGGACUUUGAGCUGACGGAGAGGGAGGUGAUUAAAUACAUGCUGCAGAUCAUCGACGGCGUCAACUUCAUCCACAAACAGGGGAUCGUCCACCUCGACCUCAAACCGGAAAACAUCAUGUGUGUCAACAAAACCGGCAGCAAGAUCAAACUCAUCGACUUCGGCCUCGCCCGCCGGCUCGCAAACGCUGGAAUUUUGAAGGUUUUGUUUGGGACUCCAGAGUUUGUGGCUCCUGAAGUGAUAAAUUAUGAAGCCAUCAGUUACCCCACAGACAUGUGGAGUAUAGGAGUCAUCUGUUACAUCCUGUUGAGCGGUCUCUCUCCCUUCAUGGGCGACAACGACAACGAGACUCUGGCCAAUGUUACCUCGGCAACCUGGGACUUUGAGGACGAGGCCUUUGACGAAAUCUCUGAAAACGCCAAAGACUUCAUCACCAACCUGCUGAAAAAAGACAUGAAGGCUCGGCUGUCCUGCCCUCAGUGUUUUGAACACCCCUGGCUGAAACAGGACACCAACACCAUGAAGACCACCAAGCUGUCCAAGGAGAGGAUGAAGAAGUACAUCCUGAGGAGGAAGUGGCAGAAAACGGGUCACGCUGUUCGAGCGAUUAGCAGACUGUCCUCCAUGGCCAUGAUGGCUGGAGUUAGUGCAAAGAAAGGCUCACCCACUGAAGAGGACAAUCAGUUCCUGGAGUGUUUGGAGUACGAACAGAAGACGGAGAGCAAACCCACUUUCAGUUCAGUCAUUAAAGACGUGGAGGUGGUGGAAGGCAGCGCCGCUCGCUUCGACUGCAAAAUAGAAGGAUAUCCUGACCCUGAGGUAGUUUGGUACAAAGACGACCAGCCAAUCAAAGAGACCCGACAUUUCCAGAUCGACUACGAUGAAGAAGGAAACUGUAGUUUGAUCAUUUCAGAGGUUUCAGGUGACGACGAUGCCAAGUACAUGGUGAAGGCCGUCAACAGUCUCGGUGAGGCGACGUGCACAGCAGAUCUGCUGGUGGAGGUGAUGGCUGGAGAGGACGAGGAGGAGGAGGAAGAGGAGGAAGAAUAAAGAUUCCUGCUGGACUUUUAGGAGGCCUGCUGCUCCUCAGCCUGUCAGAAAAUUCACCCACAGUUACAGUUAGGGGUGGGAAGUGUAGGUGGGCGGAGUGAUGUGAAAAGAAUGAAACAUGCAAACUUUUUCCCCAUAUUAUAAACCAAAAUGUCUUUUUCAUACAACAAGCUCCUAUAUUUUGCUUUAACACUCUGUUUUAGGGUGUUUUGUGUUACACUCCGUUCAAUUGGAGACCAAAAUUGCAACAUUUGUUUCAUUUUCAGGCGGUGCAGUUCAUUAUGUCAAACAAACCAAAACUAUUUAAAAGGCUGUUCCCCUCCCAGACUGUGGGGGCACUGCAACAACAACUACUGAAGGAAACGGCACAAAAACCUCUGAAGAAGACAUGAGUGCAACUUCCUUCUUCAGGAAAUGUAAACAAAUGGAGUAGCAUCAGAUUUUAGUGGUUGUAGGAUUUCUCUUUAGUCUUCUACGAAAGACUACAAGCCAUUUCUCCCAGUAGCAGUAGACUCCUGCCUUAGUUUUGGUUGUAUUUACCCAGAAUGCCCUGCGUUGUAGUCUGCUUCCUGCUUUUCGGUCUCCAGUAAGUUUGGCCUUCACAUGUACAUUCGAACCGCAUUAGAGUUCACUUCAAUCAAACCGAUACCGAAGUUUGUAGACGGACCAGUUCUUGCUUUUUAGUUCCCAUCAGAGUUUAAUUUACAUUCACAUCUCUCUGACUGACUGUCUAGACAAAUGAACUAGAGUUUGAUUGAAGUGGACUAAACAGGGUUGGUGUGAAUGCGCCAAACAGUUCAUCCCUGCAGCUUCCUGUGUUAGACUCCGCCCACCUGAUGCCCCGCCCACCAUCCCUCUCAUAUGAGGUCAUAUCAGUUGAACUGUCUUCCUGUGAACAACUGCUCCUCCAAAAUAACCACACAGACACUUCCUGCCGUUUCACACUAGAUCAACCAUAACUAGUUCCUGAUUUUACAAGAUUCACAAUUUAAAAACAUCAAAUAUCUUUCUCACGUGGACUCUGGAGGUUCCUCCAACAGGCUCCUCCCUGCCUUAGCAGCUUGCUUUCAUAAGGUUGUUCAGUUUAUGGAAGCUGUGAUGUCACUGAACUUUAACCUGUACAAGUUUAAUUCAUGAUGCCUCACUUUGUCCCUGCUUGAUUUGAAAACAACGUUCCAAAGCAUGAGGAAAAGCAUGUUUGCCAACACUUUAAGUUUAAUCUUUUUGUCUGAUACAAGUGCAGGAGGGGACAGAGUGAAGGUGGCCGACCCGCCUUCUUUAAAUUAAACAUAAUUGGAGUCAAACGUUUGUGCAGCACACAUUUUCAUGUGCCACUUUGAUUUUGAAGAUAUUAAUAAAUGUUUCCAAAGGUCAUCAAAGGUUAAACAGUACUCCCAUAUUUGCAAUAUCAAAUUAAAUAUGGUGUCAAUCAAAUGUGCUGUGUUUAUGCCAGUUUGCACACAAACUAGCAUAAACUACUUUAUGCUCAAACAUAACUUAAAAUGACACCAGCACAAAUGAAAAACGUUUGACACCACUUUCCUUUAAUCUGAAGAAGGUGUGGCGGCCAUCUUUACUCAGGUCAGGAGAACUUCACUGUGUCUGUGCCUUAAAGCUGUGCUGAGCCCAGUCUGACCUGGAGGUUCUGCAGUGAUCACAUUUGUUCUUUAUCUUCUGCAACUGAGCUUCUCCUGUUGAUAUCUGACAGUCCAGCUUCACUCUUGAUCAUCAUUUUGUGUUUCAGCUGCAGGUUUACGAAGCUUCAGUCACGUUUGGCCUCCUGCUGUUAGCCUUAAAGCGUCACCCUGAGUCACACUCAGAGUUUCUCCAUCAUGCUGUGGGACAAUUUUCUUCCUCUGUGGCCUUAAAAACUGUUCAUGAAUCAGGAAAACCUCAGCAUGAAUCUCCCAGUUUCUGACUCCAAGCAUCACAAAGGAGCAGAUUAAAUGUUUUAUUGGAUUGCUGUGAAGUCUCUCUGUGUGGCGGCAGAAACUCUGGGUGAAAGUCACAUUCCAGCUGUUUGUGUUUGAACCUUUUCAUGAAAUCUGAUUCCUCUUAAAAAUCAGACACCAAAGAUGUUUUUGUUUUUUCUGCUAACUCACAGGUGUGUUUGUGUGCGUGUGUAUGCGUGUGUGAGUAUUUCCUCUGCAGUUUUCAACCAUCCGAUUUGUGUGUUUGGAGUCAUUUUUUGUUAUUUAAUGCACAGAUUUUUAAUUAUAUGAUUAUUCUUCCAGAAGGGGUUAAAGCACUUCAUGUCCCCGCCUAUUAAAGCAGAGGUGGACUCACUCUUUGUUUUGUUUUUGUAUUAGAUGUAUGUAGAUUUAAUUACUUUAAUUUUUAUAAAAAUAUACCAGUUUGAUGAACUGUAUGAGAACACUACGACUGUAGUUACUCACAGAAAACAAAUAAAUUUUUAUCACUAAACUAGGGUGACCAUAUUUUCAUUUAGGAAAACCAGGACACCUUGGGGGGGAAAGGGGGGCAUGCACUCACGUAACAUAGGCCUACGUAAUCCUACAAUAACAUGAUAUUUACAGUUGGUUUAUUAAAAAAAAUUUCUUCAAAACUGCAGAAGUUUCGCACUUUCCCAUUCAAAUGCUCGGAAGCGAAGUGAGGCAGCAGCCGCUGAGCCUCACCUGGGAUUGAUCAACCUCUCGCUAUCUGCCAUUCUAUGAGAGCAAGCUCCUCCUGUCUGUACGUCACCAAUAAAAUGGUUAAAAAACA